AUGGAGUUAGGUUUACCUAACACGUUGUUACCAGGUGAUCCACGAUUAGUGGAUCACAUCGUAGGAGAAGUGAAAUCUCAAGGAAUUUUUGAUCAAUUUCGCAAAGAAUGCAUUGCUGAUGUUGAUACGAAGCCAGCUUAUCAAAACUUACGUACAAGAGUUGAAGGUUCUGUAAAUUCUUUUCUCAACAAACAACCAUGGAAACCAGAUUUAAACAAAAACCAAUUGAGAGAAACAUUAAGGAAGCACAUACACGAAGCUCCUUAUUUAGAUGCUGGUGUAGAACGCAUAGUAGAUCAAGUAGUAAAUCCAAAAGUAUAUUCUGUUUUCAUGCAUCAAAUUGAGGAUGUAGUGUAUAAAUUUCUAGGAAUAGAAAGACCUAAGGCAAAAGAAAAAAAUGGCGCACGUGGCCUUAAAGAUUUGUUACCCAAGGAUUUAGAUCCUGUUUCACCAGAGUCUGACAAAAAUAGUUUAAAAGAUGUGUCCUUGGAGUCUAUGGACGCAAUAGAAGAUUUAGAAGUAAAAAGAGAUGUAAAGUCUGCUAACGAACAGAAGUCGUUAGAAGAUGAAAUAUCCAAUGAAAAAGAUAAAGAUAAUAUAUCUGAGAAUGGACAAAUUUCUUCAGAAGAGAAAGCGUUGGAUGAAAGUGAUAAAGCUUUUAAUAAGACUGGUAGUAUUUUAAAUUUAAAUACAUCUGGCAAAUCAGAUGAUAAAACGGAGGAAGAUGAAGAAGACAGUAUAUCAGAGUUAACUAGUCAUAGGUCUAGAAGCUCUGAUUUUUGUAAUGAAUUGUCAAGGGACAACUUCGAUUAUAGUAAUCAAGAUUCACAAUUAAGCAAAGUUUCUUCCGAUUCCCGAUUAUCGAUUGUAACUGAUUUUGGAUUUUCUAACCAUGCAUCAACACCGAUACAUGAUGCAUUGAAAGAUGAAGUCAAUAAAUGUGAUGUUAAAAAUAUUAAAGACAAUUUUAAAGCUGUCAGAGAAUAUGAAUCUAAUAAAAAUAAAAGUAAUAAAAAUAUUUUUGAAUUAAAUAAAACUAAAGAUGUACAAGAUGUUAAAGAUUCUAAAAAUGUAAAAAACAAUUUAUCUUCUAAAGAAAAUUCUCGCGAUGCUACAGACAGUGGCAUAAAAGAUAGGUAUGAAUACAAAAAUAAUAAAGAUAGGAGCAGGGACAGUGAAUCCAAAUCAAAAUCAAAAGAUAAAAAUCAUGUAAGAGAUGGAAAACAUCAUAGGGAUAGAAGUAGUGAUAAAAAGAAAGAACGAAGUCACAGCAGUUCAAAAUAUGACAAAUAUGAUAAAAAUAAAGCUAAAGAUAAAAGUGAUCAACCAAGAGAAAGUAUGGAUAAAAUUAAAGAUACAGAAAAGGAUAAUUAUACUAAAGCAAAGGAAGAUAAAAUAAAAGAAACAGACAAGAAAGAUAAUAUUAGUAAAGAGGGAAAAGAUCUGAAAGAUCUUUACAAAGAAAAAAUUAGGGAACUUAGAGAGAAGAAAGAAUUAACAGAGAAAGAAAAAUUAAAUAAAGACAAGGAGACAAAAUCAAAUAAAGAAAAUAAAGAUAAAAAAGAUUUUCCAAAAGACAAGAAAUAUAAAAAAGAUCAUAAAAGCUCUUCCAAAAAUCCUUCAUCAAGUUCUCAUGAAAUUAAAACUGUCAAAACAUCUGAAAAAGUUAUUGAUGGAAAAGAAAAAAGAAGUGAAUUAAAGGAUAAGGAUAAGAGUAAGAGAGAUGAAAAACGUACUUCUAAGGAUCAUAUGAAAUCUAAAAACCAUAUCAAUAUGAAAUCAGAUUCGACAGAAAAAUUAGAUAAACAGGAUGCAAAGAAAUUUAUAAAAAAUGAAAAAGAAGAAAAGGUUGAUAAAUCUGAAAUAAGAAAAGAUGUCAAGUCAAAUAAUGAAAAAAUAAAUGGUAAAAAAGAUGCCAAAAAUCACACACAAAGUAAAAACUCGACAAAAAAUGAAAAAUUAGAUAGCAAAAAAGAUAAUAAAAAUGAUUCCCAACAUAAAGACAAAAAACGAAGAGACGAGAAAAAGUCCAAGUCAAAAGAUGAUCAUUCUAGUUUGAGAAGAAAUUCUAAUGAUCGACGUUCUACAGACAGAGAUGGUUCAAAUGGAUCAAGUAGCAAAAGUUCACAGUCUAGUAGUUCUGGAUCUAAUAUUGCACAUAGUAAAUCAAAUACAUCAACCUUUUCUAAAGAAACAAACCAUAUGAGUAAUUCAGGUAGUGAAACAUCAGACAAUGUUGAAGAAAUACAUCCAAAUGAUAUAAAAUUAUUAUUGGAACAACAAAGUUGUAAAUUAGACAAAGCAACAGAAUUGCAUACAGAAUAUAAAACUGACAGCACUAAUAAUUAUGAAAUGCAUACUAAACAAGAAUUGGAAUUUAAUUAUGUUAAUUUGCCACUUAAAAAACGAGCAUUGAUAGAAGACAAUAGCAUUUUAGGAGAAAUGAAAGUAAAGAAACCAAAAUUUGCAAAAAAUAUACAUGAAGCUAAAAAAUUAAUGAAAAUUAGGAAACAGAUAGAGAAACAGAAACUUAAAGAAAAUAAGAAGUUGGAGAAAAAAAUUGAGAAAAUAGAACAACCAAUACAAAUAAAUGCAGUAAAUAAUGAUAAUUUUGAAAGUAUGCCAGAUGAAGAACGUGUUCAAAUAAUAGAAAUACCAGAUGAAGAAUACGAAGAGCCAUAUCCUGAGAAACAUACUAAUUUAACAUUAGAAGAAAGAUCAAUAAUGAUGUUACAAACUGAAGUUGGUGCAAAAGAUUUGUUAGAGACACAUUCUAAUCUACAAUUAAAAUUAUCAGACAUGGAAUUAUGUAUAAAGAAAUCAUUAAGUGAAACACUUACCAACAAAGUUGAGAAGCCAUUGAAUUCUAAUACUGAAGGGAAUAUCGACUCUUCUAUUUCUUUAUUGCUUAAUAAUAAAGAAAACUCACAAAAUAAAAAAUCAUUGUUUUCUAGCAUAGAGAAAGAAGACAACAAUAUAAUAAAAACAGAAGAACUAGGUAGUUCUGCAGAAAUAUGUUUUGAAAAGCAAACAUGCCAAGAAACUGACACAUCUGUAUUAGAAGAGGUACACCUGUAUUCUCAAAAAUCAAACUAUUUUAGUAAUAAAAAAGAAAUAAACAAGGAAAAAAAGCAAUUAAAGUUAAGUAAUAUAAAUACAGAUAAUAUGACUUGUUCAAGUGAUAAUGGAAAUAUAGAAAUACCUACAACAUCAAAAAUUGAAGAUGAAGAUGUUUCUCAGGAUGCUGAAAAUAGUCUUUCUAAUUUAAACAGAUACAUAACUGAUAAAGAUUGCAUUGUAAAAAUUAAAGAAGAACUAGAAACAAUAGAAUCAACAUCAAUGGAAACUGAAGAUAAUGAAGAUUGUCGUUAUUUCAAAGCAGACAAUGAAAAAUCAGAAAAAUUUUCUAGUUUCUUAGAAUCACUUGAAUUAAUAGAAAAUAGUUCUUUAGAAGACAUAAUAGAGAGUUUAGGAGGUCAAGUUGUAUCUUCAGUGCCAAAAGCUAUGGCACCACCUUUACCAAAACGCAAACAUUCAUCUAGCCCAUUAACAGAUAUAUUAUUAAAUAAUUCAAAUAAUAAUAAUGAUGGUCAUAAAAAAGCUUCUUCAUUAAACUUACCUAAUGAAGAAGCACUAAAUAAUAUAAAAAAAAGAAAACUAAUAUCUAAAAAGCAGAGACUCCAAUCAAAUAUAUGUACUCCACAAGGACUUUUAAAUGGAGAAAAUUUUGUUAUGCCUUUAAGUCCAGAAAGCGAUGUAUCCGCAACCAGUGAAAAAAUAUCAUCCGCAAAUAUGAUUAAAGAAGACAAAGGAAUAAUUUGUUUGUGGCGCGAAUACUUGAAGGAAGACUGUACAUUGCAAAUCUGCUUAUCGGUAGUAGUAGCCUUUUCAAUUCCAAUACGGUUCCAUUAAGACACGAUCAACGAAUACGAUUACGUUUCGUCAUUUCGAAAGAACGAACAUUACUCUCAUAUCCUUCUGAAUGUAUGUUUCGGCGAUUACAAAGCGAAUGCCACUGCACAAACAGUAAUUCGGCGUUAGUUACUGCCGAAAGCAAUAGUGUUGUCUGCUUCGAGAGAGUGCGUACAGAAAUUGCGGUAUUUCAUGUCCAGCCGUUAACUGGAAAUUGUUAA